AUGACCGUCACGGACAAGAUCCAGCACGCCCUCCGCCUCGUCUGCGACUCCGCAAGCCGGCGACGUCCACCGUCAUCUUCACCGAACGUUAGCCGCCAACAACUGGAACCCGAAAGACAGAACCAGGAAAGGGCCGAGUCAUUGCCUGAUCUCUGUGCCAAUUGCGGCAAGCUUGACCUAUAUUCCUUACUGCUGACGGAGAAGCCAUCCAAGGAGUUGGCGCCCCUCUCCGAUUACCUCGAACCCGACUGCCCCUUUUGCAAUCUGCUAUCCAGGGCAGUUCAGUCUCAAUGGGGUGAAGGGUGGUCGUCGUCAAGGUUGGUCGCAGAGGCGGACCAGAUUCCGAAUGCCUUUAUCCAGAGUCGAAGUCCCAUCUCGUUGAAGAGGGAUGGCGUUACUGAACACCCUGAACCACGGCUGUUGCUGGCUUUGGACACGUCGCCACCAGGCUACAGCGAGAACAGGCGAGUUAUCCGAGAAGUAGAUCGUGUCAAGGAUCGAUACAUUAUCGCCGAGAUAGAGUCGGUGUCAGGUGGUCAUGGCUCCAUGGCCACGAACUCACUGGCGCCCUCGCUUAUUCCUCGACGCGCCGUCGACGCAGACAUUGAUUACGAGAUGGUCAGACAAUGGCUUCGCGACUGCAAGCAGCAUGCUCAUACAGCCAAAGCUCUUGAGCAAAUGGAGAGUGAUAGAUUCGACACUGAACUGUUCGGGGCAAGAGAAGGCUUUCGACUCAUCGAUGUGCAGGAUGAGUGCCUUGUCCUGAAGAAUGAGCCCUGCGCAUUCGCUGCGCUGUCGUAUGUCUGGGGCUGCUUGCCCACCAUCCUGCGUCCCUGUGGAAAAACAGAAGAUGUGCCUAUCCUCUUGACCACGCGGAACAACCUUGAGAGUCUCAGCACCCCGGGCGGCCUGUCGAAAGCUUCCAUCGAAGCUAUGCACAGCGUGCGAUUGCCGCAGACGGUAACAGACGCGAUGGAAUUUUCAAGAAGAAUUGGGAUGGGCUACCUUUGGAUUGACACACUCUGCAUUGUGCAAGAUGACAAAGAAGAUAAGGGUUAUCUGAUACAAGCAAUGGACAAUGUCUACGACAUUGCCACCGUCACAUAUAUCGCGGUGUCGGGCAAGAAUGCGGACGCCGGACUCAGUGGUGUCAGUCCUCGGCGAGGCAGAACUAUCAAUGCCGUGACGAUUGUCGAUGAGGACACAGAAAUCCAUCUCAGCCUGGCACCUCCAACGCUGAACGACGAGGUGCGAAGUUCGGUCUGGAACACGCGCGGAUGGACGUUCCAAGAGCAAGCGCUGUCUCAGAGAUGCUUGUACUUUACAGAAGACGAGGUCUACUUCAACUGCAUCCAGCUCCAAUGGCGAGAGGCGUACGCGCUCGAGUCGCUGAGCGAAGUCCAGGACUUGACGGUCAGAACUGGUCCGCCAUGGUGGAACAGGAAGCUGCGCAAGGACCUGGAUCCCACACCCUACCGCUAUCUAGGGGACCUGACUGGGACGCUUACCAUCAAGGACUACCAGGCUGCCGUGCAGGACUACAGCCGCAAGACGCUGACAUUUCCCGAAGAUGUUCUCCACGCCUUCGAGGGUGUGUUUAACCGCUUCACGAAAGGUGUCUUCCGGAGUAAGCUCAGCCUUGAGCAAACGCAGGGCAUUCCCGCCGACUAUCUAUAUCAAGCCAUGCUGUGGUUCCCUUCGGAGGAGACUAGGAGGCGAGUAUGCGAGGACACGGACGUUUUUUUCUCCUCUUGGUCAUGGGCGUCGUGGGAUGGUCCCAUUGAGUUUGUCUUUGGAGACAGCCUCUGGCUGUCGCGGAACAUCUCGCAAGCCCCCAUGAAGAAGAAGCGAAUGCACGUCCUCACCCCAUACUGGCACUACGGCGAUAGUGCACGCAAGUUCUGGACUGACGAGAUGUGGAAAGCUGCGUGUGAGGGGGUCGAAGAUGCAUCAGUCACUGAACAGUGUCACCGAUUCAUGUCAUACGCACAAGACAAGCUAGGCAUCGACAUGAAAAUCUUGAGGGACCAGGGUGCUUCUGUCGACUUACUUGAGCUGCAGCUUGGAGAACUAGGCUUUGUGGGCGCCUGUAUACAGGCGACUAACGUUGUACUUGAGCGCAAAACCGAGAUCGGCCCAAUAUGCUCGCUGGAGAUCGGGCCUCACAAAGGGGAGUUUCGCUUCGACGACACCCAAAGCACCCAUUUUGAUGAUCCAUCCUCUUAG